UGUGUCACGUGAACACUGCACCCGACGUCAAGUCUCCAUACCAGCGGAGCAUUGAGGCCACGACGAGAAGCACAACAACCACGACAGACGCAACAUGGUGCUGCUCGGCGCAUUCAGACCGACGCUGCGGCGGAUGGCUGGACACAAUGCCGUCAACUUGGAUCCCGCGCUGGUCAAAUAUGCCAACAUGUACGUGAAGCGACACGAAUACUUCAAAUGGACACCUCGCACCGCAUGGAUCACCUUCACCUACGUGAUGGCCAUUCCUGGCAUCGCGCUAUAUUACGCAUGGACGACAGACGGCAAGUGGGAGCUACGUGGGAAGGUGCGAGGGGAUGUGAUCUCAGAAUUUUAGAUCACUGCAGCGCUGGGAGGGACGCAAUGCUAAGAGAGAAGCUCGCCGGAGACGUGCUACAACACCGAAGCAGGAAGCAUUGUACACAGCCCGCCAAUCACCAAAUUUCUUUGACUGUUUCAAGCUCCGAUGCCAAAGCGAACGAAGAGAGUCCACUAGGUUCCAUGGAGCUUGCAUGCGAUAUCGUGACCGCGGUUGCCCUGCUCAAAGCGGCCGUAAGUGACCAAAAUGGCGGUCUCAACACGGCUCGUGUGUUAUUACACGAUCACGAGCAACAUGCUUCGGAUUCUACGGUGAUCAUUCCAGUCGCGGACUCCUGCUCCAAACGCAGAGAACACUCUCAUGGACUGGUAUCAAUGAAGACGUGACGUCUCAAUGUUGUCCGCCGGGUAUUGCACCUGCUGCCGCCCACAACACUGAUUGUGACUGAGACUAUCGCUAUGAUGACCACAUAGACAUCCAC